CUGUGACCUCACAAAUAAAAAAUAAAAGGGUGCGCAGACAAGACCUGAAUAGGUAUCGGUUUGCGUGUAUCGAUUGUGGACGGUUUGAGUACGCAGUAACCCUAACGUCGCGGUUGUUGAAGGUAUUGUGGCAUCCCCUUCUCUGAAUUUAUGUUUAUUAUUUCUUCUCCACAGUCGAGGAUCUCAAACCUUCCAUCGGAAAUGGACCAGGAGAAUGAAGCGUCUCACGAAGUCUUUGCACACGAUAAGAGGAGUGGAAGUUCUAUUAUUGCUGCUUUAGAAAAUCGAGAUGCCAAGAGGCGGUCGAUUGGACUGGCAGAGGAUUCUUCAACCUUGCUUGCUGAAUCUCCUGGGGUUACAAAGCUUGAUCCUCCUCCUACUUCUGUCUUGAACCCGAGCAAAAGCCUGGCUCCUAGAAUUCCCCCAACCAAACAACAACUGAAAGACAUGGGAUCAAUGCUUGCAUGUUUGGAUGAUGAUCACGGGUUGGAGAGCUUUAUUUAUUGCAUUUCUAGUGUGAAAGAUACAAAAGCUGCAGAGGAUGUGUUGAUUGCUGCAGGUUAUGAAAAGGGCUCUAAAGAGUAUAUGUCACGAUAUGAUUCGUUGAUGUCUUUUCAACGGUCAUAUGGAUAUACUGUAAAAAGAAAGAACCUUGAUAUUAGUGCGGGUGUGCGUUUCGAAGCUCUGUUGGAUGAAGAUGGUGAUCUUUCAAUUGGUAAGGUGCAAAAGCACCGGAUGGGUUGAUAUUAUUAAUUUAAAGUGGUAUCCUACGGUAAAGGAUACAUACUCCCUCCUACCCGUUGCAAUGUUCCCGCUUUCCUUUUGUGGAUGUUCCGUUGGAAAGUUUUCAUUCCCCUAAAUGGAAAGUUAUCCUACAUCAAAACAGGGUCAAACAGUGCAAAACAGUGUCAAACAGUGUCGAAACAGUGCCAAACAGUGUCGAAACAGUGUCAAAACAGUAAAAUUUACCUCUGUUAAGUUUAUUUCCUUAAUAUGUGUAGGUCAAACCGGGAAUAUUCCAACAAGACGGAGGGAGUAUUUAUUAUUAAUUAUAUCAUGGAAAGCGGUACUUUAAUGACUAUGCUUUACCGGUGAUGAAAUUGUAUUGGGAAUUGGGCAGUGUACUCACGGGUCAUCCCUAAACAAUCUCUUUGGUCAGAGCUUUUAAAGAAUUGGGGUAAUGUUGUUGUUGUAUUGGUAGAAUAUUAUUUAUUUGGAUUAUUCCAUUUUUGAGCAAGGUGGUGUGCAUGUGUUGGUUAUUUAGUUAUUUACUCUAUAUAUAAUAUAUUUGGUAUAGAAAAAAUACUCUCUUCC